AAAACUAGUGGACUUACUAAACCCUAGUGUCACGGUGCGAGAAGGCGGGAAGGAGCCGGUCCACGACGAGGGGCUCGUCGACCUCGUGCGCGCGCGCUCUCUCUCUCUCUCUUCCCCCCUCUCUAGGGUUUCAAAAUUUGACCUGCAAAGAAGUAAGUAAUCUUUUCCUUCUCCGUGCUGCUCGAUGGACGCCGGCGGCUUCUCGGGUGCGUCGGCGGAUUCCGCUGCCGUCGAGAUUAAUCGGCUGAGGGCGGAGAAGGAGGCGCUGGAAGGCCGAAUCCGCGCGCUCGAGGCGCAGCUCGAGAACGCGCCGCCGGCCGGGGAGGAGACUCCCGCGAACGGGGUUUCCGGCUGCCGGCUGAGCCCCGAGAUGAUUUUCAGAUACAGCCGCCAUCUCCUGCUUCCGGAUUUCGGCGUCGGAGGGCAGCGAAUGCUCUCACAGUCUUCCAUCUUGGUGGUUGGAGCUGGAGGACUUGGGUCACCAGUAGUGUUGUAUCUUGCUGCUUGCGGUGUUGGUUGCUUAGGCAUUGUUGAUAGUGAUGUUGUUGAGCUUAAUAAUUUACAUAGACAGAUCAUCCAUACAGAAGCAUAUGUUGGGCAAUCAAAAGUUAAAUCAGCUGCUGCUUCUUGUCGUGCGAUCAAUUCCUCUGUUAAGGUGGUAGAACACCAAGAAGCUUUGCAGGCAAAGAAUGCUUUGGAUAUUGUUGAAAAAUAUGAUAUAGUGGUUGAUGCAACCGACAAUCUUCCUAGCCGAUAUAUGAUCAGCGACUGCUGUGUCUUGCUCAAUAAGCCUCUUAUAUCUGGUGCAGCGUUAGGCUUGGAAGGGCAGCUUACUGUUUAUAAUCACAAUGGAAGUCCUUGUUACCGGUGUCUUUUUCCAACUCCACCACCGACGGCAGCGUGUCAAAGAUGUUCUGACAGCGGUGUUCUUGGGGUGGUUCCUGGUGUGAUUGGUUGUCUACAAGCUCUUGAGGCUAUAAAAGUUGCUGCUUCUGUUGGUGAACCCCUCUGUGGGAGGAUGCUUCUCUUUGAUGCAUUGUCUUCUCGUAUUCGGACAGUGAAAAUUCGAGGAAGAUCGCUGUAUUGCAGUAUCUGUGGAGAUAAUUCAGUUUUCACCAAAGAAGAAUUUCAAACUUUUGAUUAUGAGAGCUUCACCCAGUCUCCAAUGUCAGAUAAGUCGCGACCGAAGCUGAGCCUGCUUCCAGAUGACGCUCGGAUCACCAGCAAAGAGUACAAAGAAAUAGUCGACAAGGGCGAGUCGCAUAUGCUCUUGGACGUACGACCUGCGCACCACUUCAGAAUAACCUCGAUCCCUCAUUCGGUGAACAUCCCGCUAUCUGUAUUGGAGGGCGAGUUUUCGAAGCUCGACUCGGCUCUGACAAGUUCGGGCGAGGGCUCUGCCUUGUAUGUGGUUUGCAGAAGAGGCAACGACUCCCAGCGGGCGGUUCAGCUUCUCCGAAACAAAGGGUUUGUUUCCGCGAAGGAUAUCAUCGGGGGUUUGGAGUCUUGGGCGCAGGAUGUUGAUCCGAAUUUCCCUGCAUAUUGAUGUAAUAACUCCUCGAAUCGAGGACUAGGGCAACUAUUUAUUUUAUUUUAUUUAUUUUAUCGGGCGAGUUGCGUGAUGUACGAACAAAAAUGUAUCACCAUAAAUACUGACCAAAAGUGUAAGGGACGUAGGUAGAAUCUGAAGCUCUUCCAGUGUAUAAUGUACUCUCUAUUUGUUACCCAACAUUUGAGUUCCAGGUAGGCAUCAUCUUACUUGAGUUUC